AUGAAGCUGUUCCUCUCCUUUGCUGGGCUCUUGGCAUCCCUAACCUUGGUUUUAUCUACUGAAUCUGCAGAGACCUUUCUCCAAUCUACCGAGUCUGCAAUCAUCUAUGAAGCUGUGAAUGAAGCCAAGGACCAAGUUAAUAAAGCCUUCCUAGCUGGCCGGACCAAGCUGAAGGCAGUCAUGGGCAGCACUCCUACUGCCCUCCAACUGUCCAAAGUCUUCAAACAAGCCACUGGCCAGACCCGGGAGGUCUUGCGCAAGGCCCAGGUAUGGGAGGAAUGCAUCAAGAUCCUAGGACAGAAAGGACACAUGAGUGUGUUGGCCAUUGACAAUGUCACAGCCCCCAGUUUGGACUUGAAUCUGCUUUCUGAGGAGGUGGGCUGUAACAAGGUGACUCGACCAGUGAAGUGUGACUGGAACAGCAAAUACAGAACCAUCACUGGAGAAUGUAACAAUAGACGGGAUCCCACACUGGGCUCAUCAAACAGAGCACUCGCCCGAUGGCUGCCUGCAGAAUAUGAAGAUGGGAUUUCUCAGCCCUACGGGUGGACUCCUGGGGUCAAGAGAAAUGGCUUCCCUCUCCCACUGGUCCGAGAUGUGUCCAAUCAGAUAGCCGGCUACUUGAAUAAACCUGAUGAACCUGACCCAUCGGGAUCAUUGAUGUUAAUGCAGUGGGGACAGUGGGUGGACCACGACCUCGACUUUGCCCCAGAUACUGAGCUCAUACUUAAUGAGCACAGCAGAAAGCAAUGCGAUGAACACUGCAUUCAAGAAGACAACUGUUUCCCCAUCAUGUUCCCACCUGGCGAUCCCAAGUUGAAGAAUCAAGGACCCUGCAUGCCCUUCUUCCGGGCUGGCUUCGUCUGCCCUACGGACCCUUUCAGUUCGAUGACCCGAGAGCAAAUCAAUGCCCUGACUUCUUUCCUGGAUGCCAGCAUGGUCUAUGGGCCUGAGCCACUUCUUGCCAACAAACUCCGGAACAUGAGCAGCCCCCUGGGCCUCAUGGCAGUCAAUGAGGAGUUCUCGGACAACGGAUUGGCAUUCCUGCCUUUUGACAACAAAAAGCCCAGUCCUUGUGAAUUCAUCAAUAGUACCGCUGGGGUGCCCUGCUUCCUGGCUGGUGAUUCCCGGGCCAAUGAACAGUCUUUACUAGCAGUCACCCAUACACUUUUUAUUCGGGAACACAACCGAUUGGCCAAGGAGCUGAAGGAGAUCAAUCCCCAUUGGAAUGCAGAAAAACUCUACCAGGAAAGCCGGAAAAUUGUGGGUGCAAUAAUACAGGUUAUCACCUAUAACCAUUACCUGCCUUUAGUGCUGGGAAAGGAGCUCGAAAAGGAGAUUCCCAAGUACCAGGGCUAUAACGAAUCAGAGGAUCCCCGCAUUGCCAAUGUCUUCACCUUUGGCCUUCGGUUCGGUCAUACUGAGGUCCCGUCUGUUAUCCACCGACUAGAUGAGCAUUACGAGCCCUGGGGCUCUGAGCCAUCUCUUCCCCUGAGUACUCUCUUCUUCAAUACCUGGAGGAUAGCCAAAGACGGUGGAAUUGACCCUUUUGUUCGAGGUAUGCUGGCCAAGCCGUCCAAGAUGUUGACUCAAGACAAUAUGAUAACCAGCGAGCUGAGAAACAAACUUUUCCAGCCAACUCAAAAGAUCCAUGGAUUUGACUUGGCCUCCAUCAACCUGCAGAGAGGACGGGACCAUGGGAUGCCAGGGUACAACUCUUGGAGAGGUUUCUGUGGCCUCUCACAGCCUAAGACAGUAGAAGAAUUGAGUGCCGUGUUGGGGAACAACAGGGAACUGGCUCAGAAGUUCAUGGAUCUGUACGGGACCCCAGACAACUUUGACCUGUGGAUUGCAGCCAUUGCUGAGCCCCUUGUGCCAGGGGGCAGAGUGGGGCCCCUCCUGGCGUGUCUCCUGGGGAAGCAGUUCAAAAAGAUCAGAGAUGGAGACAGGUUCUUUUGGGAGAAACCUGGAGUGUUCACCCCACAGCAGCGAGCCGCCCUGAAGAAAGUCUCCUUUUCUAGACUGGUCUGUGACAACACUGGCAUUACAGAAGUCCCCAUUAAUGCAUUCAAGGCCAACCACUACCCUCAAGACUUUGUGAAGUGCUCAGAAAUCGACAGGCUGGACCUUACCCCCUGGACCUGUAAGAAGAAUUAAGGCAACACCAAUAAUAGAACAUCAACCUUCUAAGUACCAUCAAUAAGAUGCCCCACCCUGUCCAUGGCAUUAUUUCAGGGAAGUUAAACCUAAUUCUUUUGACUGGAAUUUCAGACCCUCACAAUCCAGCCCUCGACUACCUUUCCAGUCUUUUCUCCCAGUAUUCCCCAAAUGAUCUUGUUGAUGGAAUGUGCCUGAUACUUCCUAUCUCCAAAUCUGUAUGUAUCGUGCUGCCUCCUAUCUUUCUAUUUAUCAAAAUCCUACUGGUUGUCCAGAGUCCAACUCAAGCCCAUUUCUUUAUGAAGAAAUGGCACCGCUAAAGGUUUGUAUUCUCCCUUUAGCACUCAUCAAAGCCUCUCUUUAGUGGCUUUUCUGGGGACUUGCUUAAACAUCUUUCUGUCUUGUCUCCCCAGAAAGACCAGGCAUUCUUCCAGGGCAGGGAAAGGGUCAAAAUCAUUUUUGUAUAGUAGUUGCUCCAUAAACAUUUCUAGAUUGAUGGAUUGAUUGAAGCUAUGAUUUUAAUAGUGCAAUUAUGGACCGGAAUAAACUUAAUACACUAGAAUGAACUUAAUAAACUGUGAAAUCC